AUGGCGUCGGACCAGUCUCUCACUGCUCCUCUCUUAUCCACACCUACCCCUCGCCACGUAGUUCUCGACAUUUCCAACUCCCACGAAUACCAGUCUAACCAUCAGCUUAACCCGUUCGCUUUUCUCGGGGCGGAUCACGAGUUUGAGGUGCCCGAAUCCAGCACCAUCGACCCGUUUAGGAACCACACGCCGAGGAUAGAGGGUCUCUACGAGUGGAUAAAGAUUUUCGUUUGUCUGCCCAUUGCUUUGGCCCGGCUACUGCUCUUUGGACUUUGCUUAAUGGUGGGAUACGUGGCCACGGUUUUUGCGCUCCAUGGAUGGACAGAUAGGCAGAAUCCCAUGCCCAAAUGGCGCUGCCGGGUCCUGUGGGUCACCCGUUAUUGCUCCCGUUUCAUACUCUUCUCGUUCGGCUACCAUUGGAUAAAACGAAGAGGAAAACCUGCUCCAAGGGAGAUCGCUCCUAUAGUUGUAUCUAAUCAUGUAUCGUAUGUUGAACCUAUUUUCUUUUUCUAUGAAUUGUUUCCAACCAUUGUUGCGUCUGAGGCACAUGAUUCUAUGCCUUUUGUUGGAACCAUCAUCAGAGCAAUGCAGGUGAUAUAUGUUGAUAGAUUCUCACAAUCAUCCAGGAAGCAUGCCGUUAAUGAAAUAAAGAGAAAGGCUUCUUCCGAUCAGUUUCCUCAAGUGCUUUUAUUUCCCGAGGGAACGACAACCAAUGGAAGAGUACUUAUUUCCUUCCAACUUGGUGCAUUCAUCCCUGGUUAUCCUAUCCAGCCAGUCAUUGUGCGUUAUCCCCAUGUACACUUUGACCAAUCCUGGGGUAAUAUUUCUCUGGCGAAGUUGAUGUUCAGAAUGUUCACCCAAUUCCACAAUUUCAUGGAGGUUGAAUAUCUCCCUCUCGUGCGACCACAUGAAAAUCGAAAGGAGAAUGCAGUCCAUUUUGCUCAGAGGACUAGUCGUGUUAUUGCAAGUAGUCUCAAUGUUGUACAAACAUCACAUUCGUAUGGAGAUUUGAUGCUUCUUACAAAAGCAUUAGAGUUCAAGCAGGAAAAACCCUCACAAUAUAUGGUUGAAAUGGCCUGGGCGGAAUCGUCACUUCAUUUACGGAAUUUGGAAGCUGUUGACUUCUUAGAUGUAUUUCUGUCAAUGAAUCCGGACUCCAGUGGACAUGUUGACUUCCAUGACUUCCUCAGGGUUUUAAGUCUCAAGCCAUGUGGUCUUUCUGAAAAGAUAUUUGGGUUUGUUGAUACGCAGAAGAUUGGCAAAAUAACAUUCAAACAGUUCCUGCUUGGAUCGGCCCAUAUCUUGAAGCACCCAUUAUUUCAGCAUGCAUGUGAACUAGCAUUUAGUAUAUGCGACAGUGAUGAGAAGAAUUACAUUUUGAAGCAAGAGUUACAAGAUUCAAUUACAAUGGCAAUUCCAUACUUGAACGACGAAGAGAUUCAGGGCCUCUUUAGUUUUUUUGAUAUGGAUGAAGAUGGAAGGAUCAGCAAAGAUGAUUUUCUCACCUGCUUACGAAAAUAUCCAUUGCUCAUAGCAGUAUUUUCUCCUAGACUGUUGCAUCGAGGAUUGUCCAUAGCUGAAGAAAUGGUGGUCGAGGAGGUGGCAUAG